AUGAACAGAUCACAAAAAAUUUCUCCGAAUAUCAUGAUUCAAAAAGAAGGAAGAAUCGAUGUCGAUGAUGAAUUUGUUGUUUUUGAAAUCCGUUUCGUCAGACACCGAAAUAUAUCGUUACUACUAUUGCGUGGAACGAGUAGCUGUUUCGAACAAAAGAAAAAAAAAGCUAUGGCCAAGUCCCUUCUUCGUAGCGUAACCGAUCAGAUAAUGGGUAGUAGUUACAAAACAACGGAUAUACAAAUCACUCAAGCAAUUCGACGUUUCGAGGAAGAAAACGAAAAAGUAAAUUGCUUUAAACAUGAAUUGGAAAAGUACAUCCAGGCAAAAUUACUCUUCGAGAAUGCUUCCAAUCGUUUUUUCGAUUUUCUUUGCUCAUUGAAUGAUUCUUCAACAUGGUCUCAACAGCAAAAACUUAUUCAAACAAAUCAUGAAAUAAGUCGAAGCUCAACAGAACAUAUACGUCAAUUACAAGGACAGAUUGCCUUAACUCUCAAUACAGCUAUGAAUUAUUGUAUAAGUAUGCAAGCGCAUGUUCACAACCAGAAAGAGGCACAACGUGGACACGACAAAAAAAUCCGACAAUAUCAAUCAAGUAUUAAACAUAAAGACCAAGCGAAAAUCGAUCAAGAUAAAAAUGAGCUCGAUCAAUUGAGAUCAGCUUUAGAUUUAGCCAACGACGAUAUACGGCAAGAGUUACCCAAAUUUCAUCAAAAUCUCCAAAAUCAAUUCAUUGAAAUCAUCAAAGAUGUAUUUUACAUCAACGGAAAGUUUUAUAAGAAAACAUACAAAUCCUAUUCACGUUUGAUUAAAAGUUUUCGUGGAGAUGUGUCAAUCGAUGGGCAUAAAAUUGGAAAUGAUUCCAAGUCGGACAUGUAUUCAUCGAUUUCAGAUUAUCAUACGAAAAAAGAACGCUCGAGUACACUUACACGUGCAAUCAAACGGCCGGAUUACAAAGUUCUACACCGAGCACGUGUUAUUCAUGAUUAUAAAGCCGAGAACAAUGAUGAACUCAAUUUGACAAAAGAUACAGUGAUUUCUGUGAUAUCAUGGGAGAAUGAAGACGACAAUGUCUGUGACAACGGUUGGAAAUACGCCCAAAAAUUAAGAAAAUUCGUUAUCAGCGACUCGUCGCCACAUAUUUGGAUGUCCGACGUUUGGUCACUAGGAAUUCAACGUCUUCUUGCACGUCUGAAUUCAUUUUAUCAUCCAGGCUCUAGUAAAUCGAAAUGUAAACCAUUCUUGUGUGAGACACGUCAAAUAGGAUGGAUUCGCGAAGAUGCUGCAGUUCAACUUCGUCAAUAUCCAAAGGUCUUUAUUGAGCAUCCAGACCGAUUUGUGCUAGCCGAUCAUUUAAAUACGUACGACAACCGUACAGAAGCAGUAGCUAAUGUCUUAAACGACAUGCGGGCAAAGGAUUGUCUUAAGCCAUUGCGAGGUUGGCGAGAUGAGCUUUACCUGGUCAAAUCAGCUUAUAACAAUUCGCCAUUAUUCGCUAUUGAACGAGCUGCUGCAGGCGUCUUCGGCAUUCGUAAGUAUGGAUCUCAUCUGAAUGGAUAUGUGAUUGAUGAUGACGGAACAUGGCGAAUGUGGAUCGGAAAACGAUCACCAACCAAACAAACAUUUCCUGGCAUGUAUGACAAUUUAGCAGCAGGUGGUCUCAGUCAUGAUCUGACACCAACAGAAUGUAUGAUAAAAGAGUGUGGAGAAGAAGCUCAAUUACCAAAGGAAUUAAUAGAAGGCAAAUUGAAAGCCGUUGGAGCUAUUAGUUAUUGUUAUGAAGAUGAUGAUGGUAUACAUCCUGAGGGCCAGUUUCUCUACGAUCUGGAAUUGCCAACGACGUUUCAACCGAAGAACACUGACGCCGAAAUGGAGAAGUUCUACUUGAUGACAAUACCUGAAGUCAAAGAAGCUAUUAUAAAAGAUGACUUCAAACCGAAUUGUGCGACAGUUGUACUUGAUUUUCUAAUUCGUCAUGGAUUUGUUACACCUGAACAAGAAUCCAAUUACUUCGAUAUUCUAUCGCAAUUACACAUGCCUGGCCAAUAA